AUGAGAUCUGUGCUGCCCGUAGUUCGUAUAUCGGUGACAUCAGCUACGGAGCUCCGUCCUGGGAUGACCUAUUGGGACAUUUCGGUGAGCCUUCCGAAGAGCGAGUUUGGGGUCAAGAAAUGCAAGUACCUCGAGCACGACAUCAGCUCGGACGGAAUCAGGACGUCCCAGAAGCUAGCGGAAAAGGUCCUCAACUUGCCGCUCCCGAAGACCCAGAAUGGAGUACAAUCCUUCCACCGGAGUCUCAAUUACUACGCCAAGUAUAUCAGGGAUCUACCCGUACUCGCGGCAACUCUCUGCGAAGCACCAGACGAGCAAACCGUUGCGGACGAGAUUUAG